GACGCAGAGGACGGAGGGGUGAGGUGUUUAGAUUCGAACGCGGAGGAAGAAAAAAAAACACAGCCUCCUUUCCAGCGGCGCAUGCGCGGUGGGCGCCAGUGCGCGAGCGCCUUCCCCUCACGACGCCCCUCGGUCAACACCAUGUUGGGCGGCGGAGACGACGGCGAAGGAGGAGGCGGCGAGGGAGCGGCGGAGGCGCCGGAGGAGGAGGAGAAGGACAACGAGGAGGAGGAAGAGGCGGAGGACGACGGCGACACCCGGCAGCGCUACGAGGAGCUCUGCAGCAGCCUCAACAUGGACGAGAGGGCCCGGGCUGAGGCCUGGCUCAGCUUCCAAAGCAUGAGGAGGAACUACACUCUGGAGGGAAAUGACCUCCAUUGGCUAGCAUGUGCCUUAUACGUGGCUUGCCGAAAAGCUGUCCCAACAGUUAGCAGAGGAACUGUUGAAGGGAACUAUGUAUCUUUAAUAAGGAUAUUACGCUGCUCGGGGCAAAGUUUGAUAGAGUUUUUUAACAAGAUGAAGAAGUGGGAAGAUAUGGCAAACCUACCCUCCCAAUUCAGAGAACGUACCACAAGAUUAGAAAGGAACUUUACCGUUUCUGCUGUAAUUUUUAAGAAGUAUGAACCCAUUUUUCAGGACAUUUUCAAGUACCCUCAGGACGACCCUCCCCGCCAGCAGAGAGGAAGGAAACAAAGGAGGCAGCCUUGCACAGUCUCUGAGGUUUUCCAGUUUUGCUGGGUGCUGUUUGUUUAUGCGAAAGGCAAUUUCCCCAUGAUCAGCGAUGACUUGGUCAAUUCCUACCAUCUCUUGCUGUGUGUCCUGGAUUUAGUCUAUGCGAAUUCCCUGCAGUGCCCAAAUCAUAAGGACCUUCUGAAUCCUAGUUUCAAAGGGCUGCCUGAGGAUUUUCAGAGCAAGGAUUUUAAGCUGUUGUCUGAACCGCCCUGCAUCAUAGAAAAGCUCUGCUCCUUACAUGAUGGUUUGCUCUUGGAGGCAAAGGGGAUCAAAGAGCAUUUCUGGAAGCCUUAUGUGAGAAGACUUUUUGAGAAAAAGAUUCUAAAAGGAAAAGAAGAAAACCUGGCUGGUUUUCUGGAUCCUGGAAAUUUUGGAGAAAGUUUAAAGAACAUCAAUAAGGCCUACGAGGAGUACAUUCUGUCCGUUGGAAACCUAGACGAGCGGAUAUUUCUUGGGGAGGAUGCCGAUGAGGAAAUAGGAACCCUGCGGAGGUGUUUGAACACAACCUCCGGAGUGGAAACAGCUGAAAGGGUACAGGUGAAACACAACCUUCAGGAGCAUUUUGAACGAGCGAAAUCCUUCAGAAUAUCUACGCCUCUUACUGGACGGAAGUACAUAAAAGAGAGGGAAGCUUGUGUGAGCCCCAUUUCCAUAGCCACCUACAACUUGACUCGGCUUCAUACAAUGCUGACCGGUUUGAAGAAUGCACCCAGUGAAAACCUGGAACAAAUUUUCAGGUCGUGCUCCAGGGACCCUUCUCUGUCCAUUUCCAAUAGAGUGAAGGAAAUGUAUGAAAUUUAUUGUCAGAAGACCCAGUCCCAAGGAGAUCCUGAUAGUUUUUCCAAAGAUAUUGUUGGGAAACACUUUCAUCUUGCUGAAGUACUUUACUACAAAGUAUUGGAAUCUGUCAUUGAGCAAGAAAAGAAGAGGCUAGGGGACGUUGACUUGUCUGCAAUCCUGGAGCAUGAUGUGUUUCACCGGUCUCUCAUGGCCUGUUGCCUUGAGAUCAUCAUUUACUCCUACAAGGCAGCUGAUAGUUUCCCCUUCAUCACUGACAUAUUCGAUGUCCCUGCCUUUCACUUUUAUAAGGUGAUAGAGAUUCUUAUCAGAGCCGAGGAUGGUCUUUGCCGAGAAGUAGUGAAGCACCUCAAUCACAUCGAGGAGCAAAUUCUAGAGAGUUUGGCAUGGAAAGAGGAGUCUCCGCUGUGGGAAAAAAUCAGAGAAAACGAUAAUAAGGUUCCAACCUGCGAGGAGGUAAUCCCGUGUCAGUAUUUUGAGAGGUCCAAUGGAAACAGCAUGGCAGGCUCCCCGUUAACCCCAAGGAGGCUGAAUGAAGUUCGUGCUGAAUCUGGCGCACUGGGAAAGAGCGUCCCAUCUUCUCCAACCACCCUCUACGAGAGAUACGGCUCUCCAACAAGUAACCCGACCAGGAGAAGGCUUUUUGUGGACAACGACACUCCCGCGGAGGGCAGUCGGACUCCUGUAAGGGUCUCCCAGCAGCCGGUGAUCAGCGCGAUGCCAGUCCAGACAGUCUCCCCAGAGUCCAUACCUGUCACUCCUGUGCCUGGGCAGACCUUGGUGACAGUUGCCACAGCAACCGUCACCGCAAAUAAUGGGCAGACAGUUACGAUACCAGUUCAAGGAAUUGCCAAUGAAAAUGGAGGAAUAACGUUCAUCCCAGUCCAAGUGAACGUGAGCGGUCAGGCACAGCCGCUUCCCAGCUCCAUCCCUCCUCUCAGUGCCCAGACUCUCGCCGGGACCCUGAGCCCUCAACAGAUGACCAGCACAUCCCUGCACUUACCAGGCCAGUUCCAGCAGAUUCCUGUUCCUGGAGAACAGCGGCAGAAACCGCAAGCGGGCAGCGGCAUCAAAUCCCGUAAAACUGGCUCGCUCAUGCUCUUUUUUAGAAAGGUGUUCCACUUAGCGAGUGUCCGGCUGCGAGACCUCUGUCUCAAGCUGGAUAUUUCCGAUGAGCUGAGGAAGAAAAUCUGGACCUGUUUUGAGUUCUCAUUGGUACAGUGCUCUGACCUCAUGAUGGACCGGCAUUUAGAUCAGUUGUUGAUGUGUGCAAUAUAUAUCAUAUCGAAGGUUACAAAAGAAGACACGUCAUUUCAGAACAUCAUGCGUUUUUAUCGGACCCAGCCCCAAGCUAAGAGCCAUGUAUAUCGUAGCGUCUUGAUAAAAGGCAGAAGACGAAGGUAUUCAGGCAACGCUGAAAGCAACAACCAGCAAAAUUCCCCCACGGAGAAAAAUAAGGAUAGAACAAGCAGAGAUUCCAGCCCUGUGAUGAUGCGAUCCAGCAGCACCCUCCCAGUACCGCAGCCCAGCAGUGCUCCCCCGACUCCGACGCGCCUCAUUGGGGCCAAAAGUGAGGAGGAGGAAGAGGAAGAGCGUGGGGACCUGAUCAGGUUCUACAACAACGUCUACACCGACCGAAUCAAAGACUUUGCUCUGAAGUACUCCUCAAGCAACACAGGUGAAGCGCCGCCCUUGUCUCCCUAUCCUUUUGUCAGAAGUGGAUCCCCGCGCAGGAUACAGCUGUCGCAGAACCACAAAAUCUACAUCUCGCCUCACAAAAACGAGUCGGCACUGUCUCCGAGGGAGAAAAUAUUCUACUAUUUCAGCAGCAGCCCAUCAAAGAGGCUUCAAGAGAUUAACAGUAUGAUUAGAACAGGAGAAACUUCGCCGAAGAAGAGAGGGAUUGUUUUGGAAGAAGGGGCCGAUGAGUCACCGGCCAAGCGGAUGUGCCCGGAAAACCACACUGCCCUCCUGCGUCGACUGCAAGACGUGGCCAAUGACAGGGGCUCCCACUGACUUUGUAGACCAGGCGUGGGCAAACUUCGGCCUCCGGGUGUUUUAGACUUCAACUCCCACAAUUCCUAGCAGCCAGUAGGCUGCUAGGAAUUGUGGGAGUUGAAGUCCAAAACACCCGGAGGGCCGAAGUUUGCCCACGCCUGUAAAUGUAGACAAACCUGAGUUCUCUGUUCUUCACAAUCUGAUGUUCGUCCAGGAGUGAUGAACGGACAGUAAUCCUUUGAGGCACUUUCUGUGGCCGACAGAAGCCUUUGAGCCCAUCCUACUUGCACCUGCCAUCUUUCAGGGUGCCGUCUUGACAAGGCUUGGUUCGCAGAGACUACUUCCUAAGCACCAGCUAUUUUCCUCACUCCUCCUUUGAGCGAGCCAUAGUUUCUUACUCUGGCAUUUUUUAAUUUAUUGGGCAGAAAUAACCAAUCAACAUUUCAUCCCGUAAAGAACCGACGACGAGUAUCCUUUCAUUAAUACUCCCUAAAAUAAUGUUUUUAAAGCUGUUUUUAAAGCUAUUAUCAGUGUAAUGCUUGGAAUUGGCCGCCUUUGGAGGGAUAUCCACAAGAAUAGAACCAAUGUCGUGAUGUUACUAUUUGUUCCAGGAAAUGGGUCCUGUGCCCGUUUAUAAGCCGGGAAAAUCUCACGGCACAAUUGGAACAACACAAUAGAUAAGGCUACACUUGAAAUAGCUAUAAUAUUGUUUCUAUUGUUUUAUUUAAUGUGCCUGUCACACAAUUAUGGUAAAGUUACGGGGAGAAGAUAUCUCUAAUAUCUCUUUCUGAUUUCUAUUGUUUUAGCUGUGCAAUGUUUUAAACCCACUCUUAUGCAGAGAGUAGCAAUUCAACGAUUCUAAAAUGCGUAUUAGAGUUUGGCUACUCUGUAAUGGCACUUUUACGUAUAUACAUGUAUAUAUAUUUUAAAUAGUCAGAACCGUGAGAUACAAGUUGUGUUAAAUGGCUUGAAUCGUAUUUAUUGUCCACAGUGGUGAUGUUGAACUCGUGUGCAUUCAUUUCUAGGGCGCGGGAUCAGUUUCCCCUGCUUUUUAAACCUUUGUACUUGUCUCCGCCUUGAAAAAAGAAAUGUAAAAAAGCAUUUACAAAACCGAAA